CUACAAUAAUGGCGGCAUUCGCGACUAGUAAAGCAAAUUGUUGACGUUUCGCGGUAUUAAUAGAUGCAGCUGCGCAAAAAGUUGCCAUAUUGUUGUUAGAUAAUUUGAUAAUUUGCAGUAAAAUGAUAUAGGUGUGGAUUUAAGUAUACGGUUGUACGGAUGAGUGACAGGAUAUAUUUCCAAACUAUUAGCUCAGUGAUAUCCAUAAUGUUUGGUGCAGCGAUCAUAGUUCUAAUAUCUCUAAACACUGUUCUACCAGUGUAUUCAAUGGAUAUCAGAGAAGAAACCAAGAAAAAGAAUAAUGAAAUGUGCAAAAAGUUAGCUGAGGAUCCAUAUUUUGAGACCGAAUUGGUGAUUGGGAGACCGUGGCGUAUUUAUUACACUUGGAAUGUGAAAUUGGACACGAAAUGCUUGGACAUGACUUUCAAGAAUGCAACUCCGCAGGUAAUCCAAAGAAUAUGGAACGACAUGAACGAGUAUAUAGAACAUCAGCCAGCCUGGGACGCGGCUACUCUUCACGUCACUAUGGGCAUGGCUCGCCAUGAGCUACUGCUGUUUGCUGAUCAGGGUGCAGCUGGAAGCUUCCUUGGUGUGCCCAACGUUAUCCGAGAUGGCAACAUAUCACCGAUGAAGCAAUCCGUGCCGCUCAUGAAGUUCCAAUUGAAGUUGGUACGCGAAGGGAAGUACCUGGUGAUGAUGGACUGUCACAUCGGUGUUUCUACCCUCUCAGCGCGAUCUUCGGAGCCGAUCUAUCGUUCGGAAGUGCUCGCUACUGUGGCUCCUUUGCAGCUUGGAGACGGCUUCCCGGCCUGUACUGAAGAGAAAAACAAAAACGAAAUGUUCCUUACUAAGUAAAUUUAUGAAAAAAAUAUGAUUUUUUAUUUAGUGACUCCUUAUUAAAAAU